AGUGAAAAUUUUAAGACUCAAAUUCGAAUAUGAUCAUCUUAUAAUCUGCUAGCUCUGAUUACUUGAGCUAUUUGCAAGGUUACAUAGCCAAGAGGCUAAUUAAGUUGGAAUAGCGACAAAGACGAAGGCCCAAUCCAAACUGUGGAGAGAAGAAGAACAGAGGUGAAGAGGAAAAAUUAGGUGAUUUGGGUUGAACAGAGACAAGAGUUGAGGGUGGAAAUGAAGGUGACAUGGAAGAACGACAAUAACAAGAAGAAGCGUUGUUUACCUACGUUGUCACACUUCACUGACCAUCCAUUUGAGCACCAUCAACAACACCCCAACAACGACACUCCCAAUUCUGACCAAUCCCACACAACACAACUUGCUACUGAAUUCCAAGCUCAAGGAGACAAGCUUGCUAUGGAUGGGAAAUAUCGGGAAGCACUUGGUAAAUGGGAAGCUGCUCUUGCGUUGGCACCUGAUGUUCCAGUUUUGCAUGAACAAAAGGCCCAAGUUUUACUUGAAAUUGGAGAUGCUUGGAAUGCUUUAAAGGCUGCAACUCGAGCUACUGAAUUGCAACCAUCAUGGGCUGAGGCAUGGGUCACACUUGGCAGAGCACAGCUGAAUUUUGGUGAACCGGAUAAUGCUAUUGAAAGCUUUGACAGAGCUUUAGCUCUCAAGCCUGAGUAUGAGGAAGCUCAAGAUGAUAGGAAAACUGCAUUACAUCUAGUAAAGAAGAGAAAGCAACUUCAUUCAUCAGGACUGAGUGCCACUCAAAAUCGUUAUGUGGUUGGCGAUAAGGAUGAAAAAUCGUGAAGGUACACAACGGACAAAGUCAUCCAAAUAUUUCUUAUGUAAUAUUUGUUCAUAUAAGUUUAUGUUGAGAUAGGAAAUUUCAACUCAAUGCCCACAACAGUUCAAUUGGAUAUAGAGGUGACAUAAUAGUUAUGUUUGUGUGUAAUAACGAUACUUUCUUGCAGAUCCAAUGGAUCAAUAAUUGCAGAAUGAUCUUAUGCUGGAGAAUACUAGUUCCUACUUC